CUGAGGGAUUUUGUGCCACAAUUGGGGAUAAACGACACUCGUGACAUCACCUUUCCACGCGCGUGCGUGAGAGCAGGCGUGCUUUGGAACCCUGGCCGACCCGUGUCCGGAUCUCGGUCUCACCUGUCCCAGCCGCCGCUGCUGCUCGUGCGUCCUCGUGCAGACAGCAGCGUCCCCAGUUUGAGCCGGCUGUAGUCCAGCUGCAAGUGACCCGUCUGCCAGAUCAGGAUCGUCAGGAUGAGAUGGUUCAGAGAAUCAUGUGGCUUCAUUCUAUUGACUCUGGCUGUUCUCAUUACCGCCAGGCCAAAAGCAGGUUCUGACCAGAAAUGUAAGUCUGGCCCAGUGGAUCUGGUCUUUCUCAUCGACAGCUCUCGAAGUGUUCGGCCACAUGAGUUUGAGACCAUGAGGAAGUUUAUGAUCGACAUUCUCAACACUCUGGACAUCGGACCCAACACCACCAGAGUGGGAGUCAUUCAGUACUCCAGCCAGGUCCGUAGUGAAUUCUCUCUGAAGACCCACAACAAUUUGGAGGCCAUGGUGAAAAACAUCAAUCAGAUCAUUCCCCUCGCUCAGGGAACCAUGACCGGGCUCGCCAUCAGAUAUGUCAUGAAUGUUGCCUUCACUGCCGCGGAGGGAGACCGACCAAAGGUCCAUAACGUGGCUGUGAUCGUGACCGAUGGGCGCCCUCAGGACCGUGUGGCAGAAGUGGCAACUGAAGCCAGAAAGAAAGGUAUUGAAAUCUAUGCCGUGGGCGUCGCCCGUGCUGACAUGACAUCACUGAGGGCCAUGGCGUCCCCACCCUUUGAAGACCAUGUCUUCCUGGUGGAGUCAUUUGAUUUGAUCCACCAGUUUGGACGGCAGUUCCAAGACCAGCUCUGUGGUGUGGAUCUAUGCGUGGAAUCGGAUCACGGCUGUGAACACGUCUGUGAGAGCUCCCCGGGUUCCUACCGCUGCCUCUGUUUGCCUGGAUACACUCUGAACGACGAUGAGAAAACAUGCACAGCCAUCGAUCUGUGUGCUGAGGGAAAACAUGACUGUGAGCACGUCUGCAUCAGCUCUCCUGGUUCCUUUACCUGUGACUGUAACAGAGGAUACAAACUGAAUGAUGACAACAAGACCUGCACAAUGAUCAACUACUGUUUGUUUGGCAACCAUAGUUGUGCCCACAAGUGUGUGAGUGUGCUCAAUGGCUAUCACUGUCACUGUAACGAUGGAUACAAGCUGUGGGAAGACGGCAAGUCCUGCCAUGCUGUUGACCUGUGCGCUGAGGACAAACACGACUGUGAACAAAUCUGUGUCAGCGCACCAGGCGUGUUCACCUGUGACUGCUACAGAGGACACACCCUCAAUGACGACAAGAAGACCUGCACACCCGUUGACCUGUGUGCUGCGGGGGAACAUGACUGUGAACAAAUCUGUCUCAGUGCGCCCGGCGUCUACACCUGCGACUGCAACAAAGGAUUCAAACUCAACAGGGACAAGAAGACCUGCACAAGGACGGACACGUGUUCCACAGUGGACCACGGCUGUGAGCACCACUGUGUGAGCACUCCAGGAUCUUAUUACUGUAUCUGCCCUGAGGGACAACCGCUGCAGGAGGACAGAAAGACGUGUGGCACCUGUAAAUCAGCAAACAUUGACGUGGUGCUUCUCAUUGACGGCUCCAAAAGUGUUCGUCCUCAAAAUUUUGAGCUGGUCAAAAAGUUCGUCAACCAGAUUGUGGACUCGUUGGACAUUUCACUUCAUGGCACCAGAGUCGGUCUGGUUCAGUAUUCCAGCCGGGUCAGGACAGAGUUCCCACUCAGCAUGUACCACACUGCCGAUGAGGUCAAAGCUGCUGUCAUGAAGGUGAACUACAUGGAGAAGGGUACGAUGACUGGUCUGGCUCUAAAACACAUGCUGGAGAACAGCUUCUCAGAAGCAGAGGGCGCUCGUCCUUCCAGCCGCAACAUCCCGCGCGUUGGACUUGUCUUCACUGAUGGACGCUCACAGGACGACAUUACGGAGUGGUCCAAGAAGGCUAAAGAAGCUGGCAUCACUAUGUACGCUGUCGGUGUUGGAAAAGCUGUGGAAGAUGAACUCCGUGAGAUUGCAUCAGAGCCUGUGGAGAAACAUUUCUAUUACACCACCGACUUCACCGCCAUCAACACCAUCGCUGAGAACCUCAAACUCAACGUCUGUCCAGAGGAGAGUCAGGGGGAGAUUGAGGUGAAGGAUCCAUGCUCCUGUGAGAACCUGUUGGAGUUCCAGCAGGCCACCGUGAGCAGCCUGGAUCAGCUCACACAGAGACUUGCUGGAAUGACAGCUCGGCUGGAAGAGUUAGAGAAUCAGCUGCUGUCCAGGAAGUGAAGUCACAUCACAACAAGCCAACAACACAUCUCUCACAUGCACACAUACCACAGCGAAAAAGAGGUGACACAUCCAGGCUUAUUCUUCAAUGGAGGAUGUUCGAAUCCACCGCCAACUAAUGUACAAGGUUGGGUAGGAUUACUUUGAAAGAAUACAUGUGGAUUACAUGUAUGUAUGUACAUACAUUUGGAUUACUUGUAAUCUGAUUACUUUUGGGUUACAUUUCAAAGUAAUCCUACCCAAUCCUGCUAAUGUACAAAUCAAAGUGUUUUUACCAAAGCUUUUGUAAAAACUUAGAUGAGUACGAGAAUUCUGUGAAAGCCUGUGAUUUAAAAUCGUAAAUUAUGCAUCACGGAAUGGAAAUAAGAACCACAGCUCCCAGAGAUGAGUUAAUACAACUCAACAGAAUUUGGAGUAUUUACAGUGCACUAAGCGAAUAAAAUGACUAUUAAUGAACUUAACGAAGGAAUGUUAUAAUGGCCCCUUCACACAUAACAUGACUGAGGUUGAAUCAUGCACAAAGGAGGAUUCAAAUGCCCCUCAUGAAAACUCAGAGCUGCCUCCAAGGCCUCCAACAGUUGCCACAACCAUUUGGCCACAGCACAUGCAUUCUACAUUCGUGUGUCACUCGUGCCGGAAACCCAUUUGAACGGUGGGCAAGAUGAGGUCACACUGCCAUCUGAUCAUGCUCGCAACAUUCACACAGCAUGUCGAUGGCAGGUCGGACAGAUCAUGCCACAGCUGAGGCGCUGCACGAUUUGAUCAUGAGAACAGCCAGCUGGCGAGGCAUAUGUCACAUCCACCACGUGAGUUAUAGUCCACAUGACGCGGUGUCCUUUGGCAUGCCGAUUGGGCAGUGACAGCUGGAUGCGCAGAGCCGGCUGAUGUGUUCAUGG